AUGGAAGGAACGAGCGCGUGACAGCGGGAGAGGCAGAGCGCGCGGACCCCGGGCAUACUCUUUGCCCCCGGUAUAGUUUUCCCGGCCUUAAAACAACAACAAAAAAGCAAAACGUGCAAAAUAUCACAACAGUGCAACGACAGCGGGGGCGGCAGAUGUUUCCUACGGCUGCAUUGCAUUCCCUGUGGAAAAUCAGGCGGAAGGAGGAAAUUUUUUUUGCAACUUUUUUUGUACCCCUCCCCCUUAAUGUAAUUCGAUACUAUGGAAGCAGAUGUGUUUUGCUGUGACUGACAGCCAGGAGGACCAAUGGGCUACUGAUGCCAUUCCAAGUUGGCAGACUGUUCAAGCAGAUAACCAAUGGGCACCGGUGAAGGGCGGGCCUGUGACUGAGUGGCUGAUGCAAUGUAAACCUCGAGCUGUCACAAGGCAAUUCAGCACUAACCUUUCCUGAGACAAGGGAGUGUUGUAUGAAAACUUAAUUUGUAAUGGGGAGUUAUAGACACUAAGCUUUGAAACACACAGCACUGUUUCUUCAACUCGUUGAAGUUUUGUUUUUAAUUACUGUACUGCAUUUUUUUUAUCGUUUGGAGCUUGAAAGGCAAAUGGUCUCAUUAAGCCACAGUGAGCCACUGUGUAUUACUGACCGGCUGACACCUUUGGGAAGUAACUGUAGUGGGCAACAUGGCGAAUUGGCAUCAAACUCAUCAUUGCUGGAAGAUGGUAGCAGUGAUGGAUGUAGCCCGCGAUCAUGUUCAAGCCCAGACUCCCAGGAUGUUAACUAUAUCAACGUCCAUUCUAGUGUGCUGGAGAAAUAUAGCAUGAUGGGCUUGUUGGUUUCAAAGCUGGACCCCCCAGCUGCUGAAGGCUGUUCCGAAGUGUUUGAAGCGCAGGUGAAAAUGCCUGAUUUUUGCUCCACUUUGACUGGUGACUUUAUCCCCACGCUAGAGGAAAUUGAAGAAUUCUUGAAAGAAAAAAUGGAAAUCGUGAAAGAUGGACUUACAGAAAACAGUGCCACCACAGAAAUCAAAGUGGAGGUAAAAUCGGAAGCUUUGGGUGACUCUUCAUUAGAAUCCAGUGAAUGUUUUUUGUCAUCUUCAGACAGCACUGGGCUUGGAUCAGCUCCAGAGGUGACUCUAACAGCUGCAACUGGGAGCGUUCCCAUGAUUCUCCAGCUUCAGCCUGUUCAAGUGCCCAGUGCAUGCCCAACCACACAAACUCCAAGCAGUGUGAAGUUGACUCAGCUAGUCGUUAAUGUCCAGGGCCAAGCCUUUGCCUUAGUACCUCAGCGGGUACAGACUCCACCAAACAGUGCAACCCGCCAGUUCGUAAAAAUUGCACCCCUACCAAUAGCAGCGAGGUCUGUAGCUGUUGGUAGCUUGGUGAAUGUUGUUGAGGCCACCCAGAAGCUUCAGAAAUCAUCCUCUGCCGAUGUAAUCAGAGUGCAUAAGUGCUCGUUCCCGGGAUGUAACAAGAUGUAUACCAAAAGCAGCCAUUUAAAGGCACACUACAGGCGUCACACAGGGGAGAAACCUUACUCAUGCACUUGGCCAGAUUGUGGUUGGCGGUUUUCUCGCUCAGAUGAGUUGUCCAGACACAAACGCUCCCAUUCAGGAGUGAAGCCGUACCAGUGUCACAUCUGUGAGAAGAAAUUCGCCCGCAGCGAUCAUUUAUCAAAACAUGUGAAAGUACACCGGGGACUAAAACAUAGCAGAAUAACCAGAACAACCAGUUAACACUGGGCUGUCCUUUUCUCCUUUUAUAGGAAAGUAUACCAGAGCCAUUGAACUUUGUAAAUGGAAUGUACAGAAGAUAUCACAAUUAUUAAUAUGUGUCUGUAAUCAUUGAAUAUGGGUGGGAAUGGGUUUUAACAGCUCUUAGUUUGAAAAGUUAUUUCUCGAAAUGACAAAUGAAUUGCAUUUCUAAUGUAAAUUUUACUCAUUCUCACUUUAUGACUUCAGAAAAGUUGGUUGGUUCAUAUUUAUCAUUGUAGUAUAGGCUCUUUUGGCUGAUGAGAUGUCAAUGUAAAAGAAUCAGUGUCAAGGACUUAAUAGGUAAAUUUAACACAGAAUUGACAAAAGAAGUAGAUGGGAGACUUGAGAAUUUUUUUAUGCAUUAAGUUGUUUAUAAUUCAGAAUUCCUGAAAGGAUGUAGAUUCAUGAGUAGUUUUCAAAAAAUGGUUGAUUGAGUACCUGAAGAGGAGAAAACAAUAAUAAAGGACAGUUUAGUGUGAAUAAUUUGGAUAACUUUUUAAAGAGCUGGCACAGGUGUGAUGAUCUGAAUGGCUGCCUUCUGUGCUGUAAGAUUUUGUAGUAGGUACGAUAGUUUUUUAGUAGCUAAUCCAAUUACAUAAUCAGUUGUUCCCCUGAAAUGCAAACGGCAGUGCAACAAUUAUGAAGAUUAUCAGACAGGAACCUCACAAGCUUUAAGCAAUUGUGCAUGCGAGGGAUCACUGCUAGCAAUCCAUUGGGUUGGAGUUUAAAUUCUUUCAUAAAUGGACAGUACUGGAGAAACACACAAGGAUAAUAGGUUGUGAAACUGAAUUCCAUAUACCUGCUCGUUUGUAGCUAGCACCUGGAAAAGAAAUAGCAUUCUAGCUUACACAUGACACAGUUUCACACUGUGGUUGACUUUUAAUGGCUUUUUAAAGUAGCCUUGGCUAUAUUGGGUAUUUUUUUAAAUAUCAGUCUCAGAGCAGCUAGGAUUGAGCAUUAAACAUGGUCUUGCUAACAUGAUUAAUAAACUGAGAACAAAUUUUAAAAGGCACCACAGUAAAGCUUCCUCAUCCACCCAAUUGAGUUACUUCUCCAUAUUGCAGGGAUGUCGCUGUCUUCUCCUGCCAGCCACUCUAUAAGGAACUCUGAUUUCUGUCAAUUGAAACUGUGGUAGAGGUUCUAGAUUUUUUUUUUCCCCCUAAUCAACCUGUUCAGGGAUGUUAUGAAAUACCUCUGGAGCAGGUGGGACUUGAACCUAGGCCUCUUGGCCAUUGCAUCACCAGAGCUCGUGGUGCUGGUUCUGCAUCCUCUUUCCAGACAGCGAGAACAACUGUCUAAUACAGUCUGCCUUCCAGCUCCCCAAAUCCAGUGCAAUUUAGCAUCUAGGUACACGUUGAAUGAUGAAAUAGUUUUACUGUUACAAGCCUACACAGAAGAUUAUCCAUAUAAUCAUCAGACGGUAUUCUAUUCAAUCGUAUACAUUGCAUUCAAUUUUUUUCUCAAAAUUGCCUGUUUACUAUUUGGUGGUUAUGCUACUCCUCACUUGGAGUCCAAGUCACUGUGACAACAUGCACUUUUACAUGCAUGUUGUAGUCUAGAGAUGUAGAAAGUGAUGGUAGAGGCUUAAACAUUGUUCCAUCACACAGGUGAUGCUCUUAUCAUCUGCCAUUGGUUUGUGUUGGAAGGUUUUGAAGUAGAUGGCCUGUUUGCCCAUCUUAUGAACAUACCUUCCUUUGCCAUUAAAUCCGGGCGUAGGGCUCAAACACGGGCACCUCGCUGCUGAGAGGAAGGGAGACUACCUAUUGUGCCACAAGACAAAAUCUUUAUUUACUCUUCAUUAAUGCAAUCUUGCCACCUUGGCCCUAACCUUUUCUAUCAAUAACAUUUUUGCAGCUAACACAUCAAAAAUCUUGCACUUAAAACUUUGCAGUUAAAUUUCUAAUCAAGUCCUUCAAGAAACAGUGUACCUUAACCUCAAGCUCACAAAGCGUCUUUAAAAUAGUAGUCAUUUACUCGACCUUAAAACAAAAUUAUGUUUGCAUUUUGCAUAAGCUGAUUCUCUUCUUUGCAUCUAGCCACUGGGUUUUGUUUAGUACUUUGCACCAUUUAUUCUACAAUUCUUUACUUCUUGGAGCCUCAAAACUGGAACUCGUCACUGCCUAGACUUUAAUUUUGCCUGUAACCUCAGAGACCAUAUGACCAGGAAUGCGUCAUUCAGCCUUUGAAGCCUUUCUCCACCAUUCAAUUUGCACUGAAACUGAUCUGUACCUUGACAAUAUUUAGCCCCUUGGUUCCAUAUUUCUUAGUACCCUUAUCUAACAAAAAUCAAUCAAUCUAAGAUUUUAAAACUCUAGUUGAUCUAGCCUCAAUAGCAUUCUAGGGGAAGGGUGUUCUAGAUUUCCACUACAUUUUGAGUGAAGAAAUGUUUCCCGACAUCAUCCCACAACUCAAAUUCUAAGGUAAUGACCCUUUAUCCUUGAUUUAUCGCGAUCAAACUUAUAAAAUCCAAAUAUCUCAGUUAUGUCUCCCCUUUAAUUACAGCAGAUUUGGUGCUUUCCUGAAUUAUGGACCUAUACUUGGACUUUUUUAGUGUUGUAUUGUGCAGCAUAAGUGAAAAUCACAGAGGAUACAAUGACAGAACUGACUUUUUAAAGGUUUACUUGGAUAGCCUUAUCUGGAAAAGGGCUUUGGGUGUAUUGGAAUGAAUUGUCCUUGUGUGAAAGAAAAUGACAUGGGUGUGAUUUUAAAUUGCAGGUCAUGAUUUGUGUCUGCGAGAGAACUAUGCUUGGAAUUUAUCAAGAACAUGAGUGAAUUUUAUUCUCUUACUAGGAUGGUUCCCACACACUGGGUGUUGGCAGAUGAGUUAACUGUGGAUAUUUGCACACAAACAGUGGUCACACAGAAUUACCAGAGGUUUGCUAGUGCCUGUGGAACAGUGCUGUAAAUUGUUGCACCCCGAGAGAAACACAGUAAAUUGAAUUGGGGAAAGCCUUAUACGAAGAAUUCCAUAUGAAAGUUAAUAAAAGUGCUUUAACUCAAAGAAAACCUACAAAGGCUUUAAGUGAAGUCACUCACAGAUUCGAGACAAGAUGAUGAUUAGUCUAUCUUGAGAAACAUAAUAAAUUUUCAAUUUUGUAAAAUAAGAUUUUAACUCAUUGGAAGCCCUAUCUCACAUCACUCUUGCAUACUUUGAUUUGAACCCAUUUUCCAGUGUAAUUAUGAAUUGAAAGGCACAAAUGCCAAUUCUGGUGAAAUCUGUACUGGAUGGAAGCUUUCACAUGAUUAGUGAUUAUAUUGGCAAACACAUCUAUACUCCUUACAAAUUUACUAAAUGGAGACAAUCUUGACAAGCUUUAUAGUUCGAAAUUCCUGCCUGUUAGUCGGUAUUGGGCAAUAAACUGGCUGCUAAGGCCACUCAUUUACAAGUACAGACUGAAAUUACCAAUCUGAGCACCUACCUACAUUGAACAUCUGUAUUACUAGUAAUAGGCUUUAGAAGAUGCUCACUAAUGAUGUUCCUUUUUGUAGCAUACCUCUUCUGAGUCACUUUUUGGCUUACCUUCCCCCGUGUCCCUUAAUAUGGGGGUAGGUACAUAAAUUAUAAUACAUGGAUUUAAUCCAAAUCUUUAUUAUUAGAGUCGGUCUAAUGAAUAAGCAAGUGAUUUUAACUGUGCAGCACAGAACAAAGUAAUGGUACACUGUAAAUGUUGUAAAAAUGUCUAAUGUGAAUAGUGCUUGUAGAGCCUAUAUUUUUCUUGCUGUUUAAUUUUUUUCAUGGUGAACAUAGAACAGUACAGCACUGUACAGGCCCUUCGGCCCACAAUGUUGUGCCAAACUUUUACCCUAAACCUAAGGUCUAUCUAACCUCCACCCCUACCUUAUACUACCAUCCAUAUGCCUAUCUAAUAGCUGCUUAAAUGCCCCUAAUGAGGCCGACUCUGCUACCCUCCCUGGCAAUGCAUUCCAUGCCCCUACCACUCUCUGAGUAAAGAACCUACCUCUGAUGUCUCCCCUAUAUAUACCUCCAUUCACUUUAAAACUAUGCCCCCUCGUAAUAGCUUCCUCCACCCUAGGAAAAAGUCUCUGGCUGUCCACUCUAUCUAUACCUCUGAUCAUUUUGUACACCUCUAUCAAGUCACCUCUCAUCCUUUGUCAUUCUAAAGAGAAAAGCCCUAGCGCGCUCAACCUUUCCUCAUAAGACCUUCCCUCCGUUCCGCGCAACAUCCUGGUAAAUCUUCUCUGCACCUUUUCCAACGCUUCCACAUCUUGCCUGUAAUGAGGCGACCAGAACUGGACACAAUACUCCGGAUGUGGCCGAACCAGGGUUUUGUAUAGCUGGAGCAUAACUUCACGGCUCUUGAAUUCAAUCCCUCUAUUAAUACAAAUGUCAGAAAUUUUGUUCUCUGGUUGACCGAAAAAUUCAGCACCACCAGAGGAACUUGCGGAGGAUCUUCAAGAACAGAAUUUCAUUUAGACUGAAGCAAAUUUUCUUUAAAAUAAAUUUUCUAGCCACUGACUUUGUUCCUGAACAUUUUACUGUACACACAGCAAGAAAGUCCAUUAAACACACGGUUGUCAUGAUGAUUGUUUUUUGUUUUGAAUGAAGAGGUCACAUAAAUGCAGCAUAACACUGUAUAUAUUUUUAUUUCAAUAAACUGAUAGAUCUGAUCUAA